AUGGGUUGGGGUGUUAACGCCACUAAUGAUGUGCUCUCCGAUAUGCUACUCAAGCUUGAACAGCAGCUGUUCUCCGACGAGGAUUGUCAUAAACAGACCGGUAUGAACACUGUCGAUAUGACAUACAUGUGCGCUGGUGGCGAGGAGGGUGGGUCCCCGAGCAUUGGAGACUCCGGCGGUCCGCUGAUCCUCGAGAACUUUAACGGCGAUGACGUUUUGAUUAGUUUAGUCAGCUCUUCCCUCAACAUCAGCGGCGCCAAAAGAUACCCCACUUAUUAUUUGCGUUUUUCGUCGCUUCUUGACUGGAUCGACACUGCCAUAGAUGCAUAA